CUCAUCUCGACAUGUGAGACUACGUGUAGAUCUUGCAAUAUAUAUGUCCAGAGUAGCAAAGAUAAAAGUUGCGAUCCAAAAGCCAUGUCAGGUAUUAGCAAAGCAUGAGAGAGCUGUUAAUCUACGUCUUUCUCCUAGAGGAAAGAACGAAACGUGUUGAUGUGAUGUUGGCUACAAUGGUUGGAUGUGGGCGAUCACUUGUCACACGAGGGGUAGUCACACAACGUAUUGGGCACGGCAUGUUUGAGGCUGACGGAGCCAUAUGUAAAAAGUCUAUUUUUGAUACUAUCCUUGACCAGCAUGUCGUAGCAAUAUCGUAUAUCUGUUGUAAUGCCAUCCAACGAGUAGAUGCAGACAUGUGCAAAAGCAGUGUAAGAGACCAAAGUCAGGCUUUUGCGAUGCGAGUUGCGCCCCAAUAGGACGGAGAUAAGAUUCUCAAGGAAUUAGGAAACAACAUUACCAGCAGCGCGCAAGUGGGGCGCUGAAGUGGGGGUAUAUGAACAGUGAAGAACAAGAGACUAAGCACAGUGCGAACAGGCAACAGCUCGACGGCGACGCGAAUAUGCAAACAUGUAGCAGAGGAGGGACAAAGGAUGU